UUGCGUAAGUUAGUUACAACUUGCUGCCCUGUAGAUAAACAGCACAAAAUUAUACUCUCUUAUUCCAUGUUCCUUGCCAAUCACACAAGAUUUUAAUUCAAUAUGAUGAGAAGCAAACAUUCAUACUCUUCAGGACAAAGUUCGUCAAAACCUAGUGCUUCGAGGCAAUAUGGGAGUCAACGUUCAUCUUCUUUGAGUCAACGAUCAUCCUCUUCUUCUACUAUGUCUGUUUUAUCUAAAUUAGAUACUUCUGCUUCAUCUAAACAACAAAAUUUGAGGAAACAAAGGAGUCAUCACUCAUCUUCUUCAGUUUUUGCCUCAUCUGAAUCACAAAGUUCAAAGCAACAAGAGAGUUAUCAUUCAUCUUAUUGGAGGAAUCAACUCUCAUCCUCUUCAGUUUUUGCUUCAUCUGAAUCACAAAGUUCGAAACAACAAGAGAGUUAUCAUCCGUCCUAUUGGAGAAAUCAACUCUCAUCCUCUUCGAUUUUUGCUUCAUCUGAAUCACAAAGUUCGAAGCAACAAGAGAGUUGUCCUUCCUCCUAUUGGAAUCAACUCUCAUCCUCUUCAGUUUUUGCCUCAUCUGAACCACAAAAUUCAAAGCAACAAGGGAGUUAUCAUUGGCCUUGUUGGAGUCAACUCUCGUCAUCUUCAGUUUCUGCCUCGUCUAAACCACAAAAUUGGAGGCAACAAAAGAAUUAUUACUCGUUUUCUUGGAGUCGAAAUCUGUCUUCUUUAUUCUCUGUCUUAUCCAAACCACAAAGUAGUCAAUAUGCAUCCUCUUCUAUGUUUGCAUCAUAUAAACCACAUAGUUCAAUGCAACCAAGGAAGGAAUCCUUGUCUUUUUCGAAUCAACGUUCGUCCCCUUCCAUAUCUAUCUUGUCUAAAUCACAGAAUUUGAUGCAACAAAAGAGUCAACACUGGUCUUCUUCAAGAAAAGGCAUGUCCUCUUCUGUAGCUGCUUCAUCUAAACCUCCAAGAUCAUUGCAACAAGGGAGUCGACACUCGUUGUCUUCGAGUCAACGUCCAUCUUCUACCAAAGUUUUGUCUCUUUUCUCUGUUUUCAACAAAGUUGAAGGAAGAUCAAAUUCAAAAAAAUCAAUGGCAAUGAAGGUGGUGAGGAAGAUAGUACCAGUUGCACUUAAGCUAGCAUUUUCGUUCAUUCUUGGACAUCCUCUUCCUUUUCUUCCUGAUAUUGUGGGACUAUUCCUACCUAGCUCGUCUUCUUAAUUAUAUAUAUAACUGUACACUCUUAAAUAAUAGUUUUCAAUUGGGUGGUUCAUCACUUCUUUUCA